GGCUGCUGUCCCAGAGCCUGGAGUUCAGCUCUCUGGCGGACAACUACACCGUGUGCGAGGGAGACAACGCCACACUCAGCUGCUCCAUCGACGAGCACGUGACCCGCGUGGCCUGGCUGAACCGCUCGAACAUCCUGUAUGCCGGCAAUGACCGCUGGACCAGCGACCCGCGGGUGCGGCUGCUCACCAACUCUCCCGCGGAGUUCUCCAUCCUCAUCACCCGCGUGGGCCUGGGCGACGAGGGCCUCUACACCUGCUCCUUCCAGACCCGGCAGCAGCCGCACACGGCCCAGGUCUACCUCAUUGUGCACGUCCCUGCCCGAAUCGUGAACAUCUCCUCUGCUGUGACAGUGAAUGAGGGUGGGAACGUGAACCUGCUCUGCCUGGCUGUGGGGAGGCCAGAGCCCACAGUCACCUGGAGACAGCUCCGAGACGGCUUCACCUCCGAGGGCGAGAUCCUGGAGAUCUCGGACAUCAGGCGAAGUCAGGCAGGGGACUACGAGUGCGUGACCCACAAUGGCGUAGCGUCGGCCCCCGACAGCCGCCGCGUGCCAGUCACCGUCAACUACCCUCCGACCAUCACCGACGUGACGAGCGCCCGGACAGCCGUGGGGCGCACCGCGCUGCUCCGCUGCGAGGCUAUGGCCGUGCCCCCCGCAGACUUCCAGUGGUUCAAAGAUGACAAACAGCUGGGGGGCGGCGCGGCCGAGGGCCUGAAGGUGCAGACGGAGAGGACCCGCUCCAUGCUGCUCUUCGCCAACGUGAGCGGCCGCCACUACGGGAACUAUACGUGCCGAGCGGCCAACAGGCUGGGGGCCGCCAGCGCCUCCAUGCGUCUUCUGCGCCCCGGCUCCCUGGAGAAUGCGGCCUCCCGGCCCCCAGGGCCCCUGGCCCUACUCUCUGCCCUGGGCUGGCUGUGCCCUGGCCUAGACCCCCUGUGGGUACCCCCAUCACCCCUGCCAGCCACAGGCUGCCUGUCACCUCUGCAUGCCAGCUUUAGGUGGUUGCACUGGCUGCAGGGGUCCCUGGCCCUCACCACCAGGCUUAACUCAGCUGUGUACUUGGGGGAGAGGCCCUGUCCCGUCCCCCCUCGUGCCGCCUGGUGCUUCCAUGCCACUGUUAGGCUGGUGGCUGUAGCCUCCCCUGCUUCAGCUGUCUGCCUCAGUGCUCCUGCCCUGCCCCACUGCCCCCUUAGCUGCUUGCCUGUGCCCCUGCCCUGCCCACUGGCUGCCGGCUGUCUUAGCUCUCGCCACUGCGGUCUUGGCUUGAAGCCCAGUCAGCCGACUGUACCUCACCUACACAUGCCUACACCCACCAGCGACUGUGAUCAGCAAUAG